AAUUUUAAAUUUAUUUUUAUUUUAUUCCUCUUUAUUUUUUAUUCGUGUUUUCUCUCAAAUUUUGAGGGCUCCAAAUAUAACCUGAUAAAUAACAAAGAUAUUAUAUCGUGGCUAUUAAGACAAGUAAGUUGGCAACCCGCUUCUUUAAUUACCCAAAUUGGUGAGUGGCCCCGUCCGUUUUUGCCCCUUCGUCUGUGGAGACUCACCGAGUCACUGAUGGCUGAGUCAAAACCUUCCGAUACUAGCACGACUAGGAGGAGCUCAUCAUGGUCCUUUGGUCUUCUCGUCUUGAUUCUUACUCCCGUUGCAGCGGCCAUCUUUCUCUACCAACUCGACUCCUUUGAUCCAGCUUCUCUGCCCACUCACGAGUUUUCACAGGAACCCAUGCCUGUGCCGAAGCUCAACCCUCGAAUGCUGCAAGGUUCUGAGAUGAUUGGGCAGGGGAAUCUGUUGGGCCCAGAGGACAUUGCCUAUGACGCAAACUCACACCUAAUCUACACAGGCUGUGCUGAUGGCUGGGUCAAGCGAGUCACCUUGAACGAGUCGGCUGCCAACUCGGUCGUCCAUAACUGGGCCUUCACCGGUGGAAGACCUCUCGGCGUCGCUCUCGGUCGAGCUGGCGAAGUUCUCGUCGCCGAUGCCGAAAAGGGUCUAUUGGAGAUAAGUGGAGAUGGUGUGAUGAAACUAUUGACCGAUGAGGCUGAAGGCCUAAAGUUCAAACAAACGAACGCUGUAGAUGUAGCUGUUGAUGGUAUGAUUUAUUUUACAGAUGCUUCCUAUAAAUACGGGUUGAUAGAGUUCAUAUGGGAGAUAUUGGAGGGUAGGCCCCAUGGUAGACUACUGAGCUUUGAUCCAUCGACUCAAGAGACUAUAGUGCUUUUACGUGAUCUUUACCUUGCUAAUGGUGUUGUCGUCUCACCUGAUCAGACUUCUGUGGUCUUCUGCGAAACUCUCAUGAAAAGGUGUAUAAAAUAUUAUAUACAAGGCGAGAGAAAGGGGUCCAUGGAAAAGUUCAUUGAUAAUUUGUCUGGCAUGCCUGACAACAUCUUAUAUGAUGGGGAAGGUCAUUAUUGGAUUGCAUUAGCCACGGGGACUAAAGGUCUUUGGGACUUGGCACUCAAGUAUCCUUCAAUUCGAAAAGUUAUGGCAAUCUUGGAGAGGUACAUUGGAAGGCCACAUAUCGAGAAAAAUGGUGGGAUUUUGGCAGUUGAUUUAGAAGGAAAACCGAUUGCCCACUAUUAUGAUCCUGAAUUGUCAAUGGUGUCAAGUGGGAUCAAGGUUGGCAAGUAUUUAUAUUGUGGUUCCUUUGUCAAACCCUACAUUAUCCGCCUUGAUCUUGAUCAACAUGCUGCCCAUACCAUCACGUAAGCAGGCAAACCUAGUUAAAAAGCUUUAAAUUAAAUGAAGAUGAGAUGCAGUUGAUAGAAGAUACCAUUUAUAUGUUGGUUACAAGGGGGAAAGAUGACACUGCUUUGCCCACAUAAUCCUUGAGACAACUACCUGUAAAGUUGAAUUGAUUGUGAUCAAUGUAGCGAGUUCAACACAAACAAUAUUAGUAGACGAGUUUAAGAACUAA